UUUCGACUAGAGUCAUGGCGGAGGUAGAGGACGAGAAGAAGCGGAGGCUUUGAAGAUUGAUUGAUUGAGAAGAAGGUGUAGGAAUAAAGGACGAUCGAGGAAGGGAGGGAGAGUGGGCGAGCCGGGGAGAUGGGGAGGACGUCGUCGUUGGGCGGCGGAAGUAACCGGAAGUCCAGGCACCGGCGGAUUGCCGACAUCCUCGCUGAGGAUGACGAAUCCAGCGACGAAUCCGUCGUGCAGGGAUAUGGAGGCAGCCGUUACGGUGGCGGAGGGGGAAUGCUGCCGGUUUUUCUCAACGACCAGAGCGAUCUGGUGGAGGUGAUGCUGGAGCUCGAUGAGGAGUCGAUGGUGGUGCGGAGCGUCACUCCGACGUCGGCGGCCGCCGCGGCAGCAGCAGCCGUGGCUGCGCCGGUCCCGUCUCGGGAAUCGUCUGCGAGCUUGAGCCGGAGCUCCUCGACGGCGUCGCGGAUCCGGCGCAAGUUUUCGUGGCUGCUGUCGCCGACGCGCCGACGGACCCUGGGCGAGAUGCUGGAGGAGGAGGAGGCGGCGUCGGCAUCGGGUUCGGGUCCUCUGCCGCCGCCCGUCGCCGCCAUGUCGUCGCGCGACGCGAGGCGGAUCCGGGCGCGCCUGGAGCGGACGCGAUCAGGCUCGCAGCGGGCGCUUAAGGGGCUCCGAUUCAUCAGCCGAACGACUAAGGGAGCCGCAGCGGGGGAUGCCGGUGAGCUCUGGCGACGGGUGGAGGCCCGCUUCGACACUCUCGCCAAGGAUGGCUUGCUCUCCCGUGAGGACUUCGGCGAAUGCAUUGGAAUGGUGGAUUCGAAGGAUUUCGCGGUGGGCAUCUUCGACGCCCUGGCGAGGCGGCGGCGACAGAACUUGGAGCGGAUCACUAAAGAAGAACUCUACGAUUUCUGGCUCCAAAUUUCCGAUCAAAGUUUCGACGCUCGCCUCCAAAUCUUCUUCGACAUGGUCGAUACCAAUGUGGAUGGGAGGAUAACGAGACAGGAGGUACAAGAGCUGAUAGUUCUGAGCGCUUCAGCUAACAAGCUCGCGAAGCUCAAAGAGCAGGCAGAGGAGUACGCGGCGCUCAUCAUGGAAGAACUGGAUCCUGAAAACCUUGGUUACAUCGAGCUAUGGCAGCUGGAGGCUCUGCUGCUGCAACGGGACACCUACAUGAACUACAGCCGGCCGCUGAGCUCCGCAAGCGCAGCAGCAUGGAGCCAGAACAUCACCGCCGGCGGCGGAAGUGGGCCGAAACAGCAGCAUCAGCGGCGGCGGCCCCGAUUCAGCAUCCGCCGGACAGCGGAGCGGCUGCGGAUGGCGGCAAGGGAGAAUUGGCAGCGGGCGUGGGUGGUGGCGCUGUGGAUGAUCACCAUGGCGGCCCUGUUCUCCUGGAAGUUCGUGCAGUACCGGAACCGGGCGGCGUUUAGGGUGAUGGGUUACUGCCUCCCCGUCGCCAAGGGUGCCGCCGAGACGCUCAAGCUCAACAUGGCCCUCGUCCUUCUUCCUGUCUGCCGGAACACCCUGACCUGGCUCCGCUCAACCCGCGCUCGUCUCUUCGUCCCCUUCGACGACAACAUCACCUUCCACAAGACGAUUGCGACGGCAAUUGUGUUCGGGAUUUUGCUGCACGCGGGGAAUCACUUGGCGUGCGACUUCCCACGGCUGGCAAACUCGUCGCCGGCACACUACCAGGCGGUGGAGAGGUUCUUCGGAUCUGAGAGGCCGACGUACGGGAGCUUGGUGGUGGGGGUGGAGGGGUUGACGGGGAUCGCAAUGGUGGUGCUGAUGUGCGUCUCGUUCACCCUUGCGACGCAUCGUUUCAGGAAAAACGGCGUCCAUCUCCCCUUCCCUCUCAAUCGCCUCACCGGCUUCAACGCCUUCUGGUACUCCCACCACCUCCUCGCCGUUGUCUACCUCCUCCUCCUCCUCCACGGCUACUUCGUCUACCUCAUCCACGAGUGGUACCAGCGAACGACGUGGAUGUACAUUUGUGUUCCAUUGCUUCUCUACGCGGGGGAACGAAAUCUAAGAGCCUUCCGCUCCAAAGCUUACUAUGUCAAGAUCUUAAAGGUCUCAAUGCUACCUGGUAACGUGUUGACUGUGACAAUGUCCAAGCCUAAUGGAUUUCGGUAUCGAAGUGGACAGUACAUAUUUCUGCAGUGCCCUACCAUUUCCCCAUUUGAAUGGCAUCCUUUCUCUAUUACAUCGGCACCCGGUGAUGAUUACCUCAGUGUCCACAUUCGAACCAAUGGUGACUGGACCCAGGAGCUCAAACGCAUAUUUAUAGAGAAUUACUUCACACCACACUCAGUAGGAAAAGCUACAUUUGAUGGAUUAGGUUCUCUAGGACAGAAGAGGUUGCCACGGCUGUUCGUCGACGGCCCUUAUGGUGCCCCAGCACAAGACUUCAGAAAUUAUGAUGUUCUACUUUUGGUUGGACUUGGCAUAGGAGCUACACCUUUUAUCAGCAUUCUCAGGGACCUACUCAACAACAUAAAGUUGGCUGAUGAACUAAUGGAUCUUGCAAUGGAAACUAGCAGGUCUGAAAUUAGCAGUGCUAGCUACAGCCUUUCCACAUCCAGUAGCAUCAACAAGAAGAGAUCCCACAGAACUAGUAGUGCUCAUUUCUACUGGGUUACUAGAGAGGCAGGAUCCUUUGAAUGGUUUAAGGGAGUGAUGAAUGAUGUUGCUGACAUGGACAAAAAGGGUAUUAUAGAGAUGCACAAUUACUUGACGAGCGUUUACGAAGAGCGAGAUGCCAGGACUACUCUCCUCUCAAUGGUACAGGCUCUGAAUCAUGCAAAGCAUGGAGUUGAUAUUGUCUCAGGCAUCCGAGUGAGAACUCACUUUGCGAGGCCAAAUUGGAAAGAAGUCUUCACUAAGUUAGCUUCCAAGCAUCCUGGUGCCACCGUUGGUGUAUUCUACUGUGGAGCACCAACCCUAGCAAAAGAACUGAGGAAUUUGUCACUUGAGAUGAGCCACAAAACCUCAACACGCUUCCACUUCCACAAAGAAUACUUCUAAUUGUGGAUACAAGAUAUAGAUUCUAAUAUAAAAUUGAUAGGAGCUAAUACUUAUUAUUAUAUUUAUUAAUGUAUAUAACCUGCAUAAUUCACAGAAGCAAAAUAAUCACAGAGCACAAGUUCUGGUAGACGAGAUAGAAUUCAAGCACAGUACAUGAAUUUAUUAGUGAGUAGAAACAAUACAAUUUGUCCUUUGAUGACCUUUUGUUUUCCCCAUAUUGUGUUUGAGAUCUCAAACUUAUUCAGAAGCAGCAGAUUCUACAAUUGGGUAUAUGAACUUUUUGGUACUAAACAAGACUUUUUAGCA